UUCUGAGGGGGACCUUGCUCUCCAGUGCACAUUUCCUGUUGAUUGGAAUUUUAUGGAAUGUCAAAAGCGUAGCUUGUGAUCAUGCAAAGUAUUUCAAAUAUUGGCUAUCUGACACUUUGCUAGACGUUCGAAUGUAAGUAUAAGGUUGGCAAAAAGUUGUGGGACCAAAAUUUGUUUUCUGUGCAUGGAUGGAAAGCCAAUGCGCAGGAGAUCAGAGACACUCUACUGUUGCUACUGCAUAUUGAGCUAUAAUUGGAAGAGCUGAUUGCUGAGGAAAUUGCUUGGUCGAGGGGGAUGCUAGCUGAAGAGACCUUGGAUGCUAGCUGAAGAGACCUUGGAUUGCACCCUAGACGACCAGGGUACCAGCGCACGCCCAGACAACACCGGAAUGGACAUCACCGCACGCUGCACACUGGGUGAUCCCAACAAGCUCCCAGAGGGUGUGCCCCAGCCAGCACGCAUGCCCUACGUGUCUGACAAGCACCCUCGCCAGACAUUAGAGGUCAUCAAUCUGCUACGCAAGCACAGAGAACUGUGUGAUGUCGUGUUGGUGGUCGGCGCCAAAAAGAUUUAUGCUCACAGAGUGAUCCUUUCGGCCUGCAGCCCUUACUUCAGGGCCAUGUUCACAGGCGAGCUGGCCGAGAGCCGUCAGACAGAGGUUGUGAUCCGGGACAUUGAUGAGCGGGCCAUGGAGCUGCUCAUUGACUUUGCCUACACUUCGCAGGUUACCGUUGAGGAAGGCAAUGUGCAGACAUUGCUGCCCGCCGCUUGUCUGUUACAGCUGGCCGAGAUUCAGGAGGCUUGCUGCGAGUUCCUCAAGCGCCAGUUGGACCCCUCAAAUUGCCUGGGUAUCCGUGCAUUUGCAGACACCCACUCUUGCCGCGAGCUGCUGCGGAUAGCUGACAAGUUUACACAGCACAACUUUCAAGAGGUGAUGGAGAGUGAGGAGUUCAUGCUGCUUCCAGCCAACCAGCUGAUAGAUAUAAUCUCCAGUGACGAACUGAAUGUGCGAAGUGAGGAGCAGGUUUUCAACGCAGUCAUGGCCUGGGUCAAGUACAGCAUUCAGGAGCGCCGGCCACAGCUGCCACAGGUCCUCCAGCAUGUUCGUCUUCCUCUUCUGAGCCCAAAAUUCCUGGUGGGAACGGUAGGAUCAGACCCUCUCAUCAAAAGUGAUGAGGAGUGCAGAGACCUGGUUGACGAGGCAAAGAAUUACCUGCUCUUGCCCCAAGAGCGCCCUCUAAUGCAAGGGCCAAGAACACGCCCUCGGAAGCCCAUCCGGUGUGGAGAAGUGCUGUUUGCAGUUGGCGGGUGGUGCAGUGGGGAUGCCAUCUCCAGUGUAGAACGAUACGACCCACAGACCAACGAGUGGCGCAUGGUGGCUUCCAUGAGUAAGAGGCGCUGUGGAGUGGGUGUCAGCGUCCUUGAUGAUCUUCUCUAUGCUGUUGGCGGCCAUGACGGGUCCUCGUAUCUCAACAGUGUGGAGAGGUAUGACCCCAAGACAAAUCAGUGGAGUAGUGAUGUAGCUCCCACAAGCACGUGCAGGACCAGUGUGGGUGUGGCUGUCCUGGGAGGGUAUCUGUAUGCAGUAGGGGGCCAAGAUGGAGUAUCCUGCCUCAACAUUGUUGAAAGAUAUGACCCCAAGGAGAACAAAUGGACACGGGUGGCCUCGAUGAGCACCAGGCGCCUGGGUGUAGCCGUGGCUGUCCUAGGGGGCUUCCUCUAUGCAGUGGGAGGUUCAGACGGCACGUCCCCUCUCAAUACAGUAGAGAGGUACAACCCCCAGGAGAACCGCUGGCACACCGUCUCUCCUAUGGGCACCAGGAGAAAACACCUGGGCUGUGCAGUGUACCAGGACAUGAUCUACUCCGUAGGAGGCCGGGACGACACCACCGAGCUGAGCAGUGCCGAGCGCUACAACCCCAGGACCAACCAGUGGUCACCUGUUGUAGCCAUGACUUCAAGACGUAGUGGGGUUGGACUAGCAGUGGUAAAUGGCCAGUUAAUGGCUGUGGGUGGCUUUGACGGGACAACGUAUCUUAAAACAAUAGAGGUCUAUGAUCCUGACGCUAACACAUGGAGGCUCUAUGGUGGAAUGAACUAUAGGCGACUUGGAGGAGGGGUUGGUGUUAUCAAAAUGACUCACUGUGAAUCACACAUAUGGUAGCACCUCCAGGUCAAAGGCCUCACUGUCGCAUGUGCCUCCGAAAGAAACAUUGUUUAUCAUGCAAGGAACGAAGUCUAUAUUAACUGUAACACAGCCAUGUUAUUGGCAAGCCAAGGAAAUGUCUUGUGACUACAAGCUUUACUGUUCCUGUGUCAAGUCUGGAAGGCUUAUCUAGGAGCCUACAGUUCAUCUCUCUUCUGUACUUCCUGUAUUAUGACUUGACUGGCCAAGGCCAAGAGGAACCAACUCUGAAUAGAUCAAUCACAUGAACUACUGUUUGACAUCAUGGGGGGAAAACCCUUAAUUUCCUCUUUUUCAGUUACUGAAAUGGAAUACUGCAGCCGCACUUUAAGAUACAGUUCAGUUUUUGCUGUGGUACCGGUUAUACUAUACAAACGUUUAGUUUCCAUUGAAAUAUUAAAUGGGGAAUGAAGAAGAAUCUUCAAAGAGAACUGAAGGUGCAGGAUGUGGUCUCACUGCUUCCCUUAAUCCUCGUUGUGAAAAGUGGAUAAACUUGUUAGGCAGUUGUUUAAAUCUCUAAAUUAAAUGCACUGUGAUCAUUUUUUAGUUUUGUUGCUGUUUUUAGUUUGACACACUGAGCAUAACUUGGAGUUCUACGUUCACAACUGGGGUCAAUUGUUGGUACGGUGGCACUUACACAAUAUUACAACUGUUUCAUACAAGAUUCUUGCCCAUUUAAGACUGACAGUGGAUGUUUUUUUUUUUUGGAGCAACUUUAUUAUUUUUUCUUUUUACAUAGGACAUUUGACAGUCUUGCACUUUAAUCUAUUAUAGAUUCUUCUUGAGGAAUUAGUUGCAUCUAAGACACAGUAAGGAAUAAUGAACUGGUUGAUGUAUUAUGCACCUCUUCAUUGGUGACCAUGCAAAACAGAUGGACAUUCAGUAAUAUGCUUAGACAUUUGUUUUAUUAUGUAAAUCCUGAUGAAUCUCAUUUUGUCACUGCUAUUGAGCAAAAUAUACGAUCGUGCGUUUUGCUGAAACUCAACCCCUGUAGAUAUGUUAUGUGUCAAAUUAUGCAAGUGUUCACAAGUAAUUAUUAGCCUGAUCACCAAAUAUUUUGAAAAAUUGUCCCUUUGGCUGUGUUCACACAGCCAGCCCAAUUCUGAUCAUUUUUUCUACUAAUCACAUAUCUUUAAGAGCUAACCAGUGGCUGCAGCUACACAGGCAGCCCAAUUGUUUUCCACAAAUUGGUCUUUUAACCAAUCAGGUCAGCUGUGAAAAGCUCUGAUAAAAAUACCAAUAACUGGGAAAAAUAUCAAAAUUGGGCUGCCGCUGUAAACGCAGCCUCUCACAAAAGUAUGGAACCGUUGAGGACAAAUGUAUGGGUGCUUUAUUUCUGCUGAAGGUCUGACAUUUCUAUUUGAGCUGUAAGCCUUGAUAAAGCAUGUGGCAUUUUACCCCUAUUAGAUGACGUGGAAUUGUCUGUACUGACAAAAUACAUGCUGUUAAUAAAAACACUUUAUUUCAAACUUUAA